AUGUCAUCUCGAACAGGCAUUGUUCGGCGUCAAAGCAUUGCGCUCGGCCGCUCUGGUCCACGAUCCAAGAAUGGAUGCUCAACCUGUCGCCUGAGACGAGUUCGCUGCGAUGAGAGGCGACCAACUUGUGGCCACUGCGAUAGACUCAAGCUUGAGUGCGAAUAUCAGCCUCCUCGACCACGGCGCAGCCAGCGACGGCCUCCUUCGCCUGACGACAGUUCGGUCAGUUCUCGACAAGACCUUGAAGCUGAUGCUGAUUCCAACUUGGAUACAUCGCGAAGAUUCAGCAUGGUGACGGACGAGGCCAACGAGUCUUCGUCUUCUUUCUCGGGAGUGACUUCGUAUCAGCCAGGGGACGUUCUUCAAGAUUCCCAGACGACUCUUUCUACUGGCCUCAACAGCCAAUUUGGGACAUCCGCUGCAAAUGUAAACUCCAAUGGACUGAUGGCCUCCUAUAUGACCCCAACGGCGGCGGCAGCACUCGAUCUUGGCUCCAACUCCAUACCUCCUGCAGGCCUCUCAGGGGAUCUUUCGCAAUCGCCUUGGAGCCCCAGUUGGUUCGAUAAAAUGCCUCUUCCAGACUCGGCUUUUUCGUUUACUUCACUUGGAUUUACCAGUGCUCUCAGCCCCAACUUCUUCAACUCUGACCAGUCAUCUGGCUGGCAUAUGGACGGGAAUGCGACCUUGGCAGCAUCAAACGUGGAUAACAGUCCAAGCAUAGAGAGUGUCGCUCAGAACACAAACGACGCUCAGCUUGUCAGUAUAAAUAACGAAGGAGGCACCGGACAGAUCAACAGCUCAGGAUACAAACCAGCUUUUGCCUUCUCACCACCACUUUUAUCAGAUUCUCAACAAGAGCUACUGCUGCAGACGUUUGAGUGCGCAAUCCAGCCUCCCGCUUCGCUUGCCGGUAUCCAUCCCCUGGGCUGGCCGAAAAUAAAGCAAUACGUGCUUCAUAUGGCCAAUGGCAAGCAUAAUUCCAUCGAAUACGGAGCUGUCAUGCAUGCACUUGCAGCUCUCAGUGCCAUGCUAUUCGAGCCUAGCCGACCAGCGGCUCUGGCUGCACUGGGGAGUCGCGUAUCUACCUGCCGUGAUGAUUUCGGUCUUUUAUCUCUAAGAUUACAUGACGUGGCGUGCGCUGCACUCAAAUUGAGUCUUUCGCAUGCAGGAUGGGAGGAGCGAAGCAGCCAAGCACUAUUGGUGGUCAUAUUCUUGCUGGCUUGGUUCGAAACCGCUUAUGAUGGAAAUGAUCAGGUCCGUCCCAGCUUCCCAGAAGAUAUGGCCGAGAAAGUUAUUGUCAAUGGUCAGGGCUGGGAUACUGGCUCUGCCAGCCUUUUUCAAUGGCUUGACUCGUUUGACGCCAAGAUGUCUCAUAUGGGCGGCCGCCAUCUCUUAUCGGAUCCCGCCUUGGAAAUUAUUAGAAAACCACACCCAAGCGUUGCCGGCUCAGCUAGCAUGGAAAUAUCGGACAAUGAUCCUCUCGGCAAUAUCAACGGCAUAUCUCCAAUCACUAGGGCUAUAGAUGAAAGGGGCAUAAACACUACUGCAAAGCCUCGUAAUCAUGGCUCUAGACUCUCGACACUACUUACCGAACCGCCUACAAUACCCAAGAAUGUAGUGUGUAUGGGUGUUUUCAACAUCUUACUGCAGCCAGCGUUCGAGUUCCAUAUGGCAUCUCAAGCGUAUUCGCGACGCGUUGGCUGCCACGAUCGCCACCACCGCUCACGUGGGACUCCUGAAGAUGAGAUGGAGGUGAUGAAAGCGUGUAUGGGCUUUGAGGAGGAGUUGGAGGAGCUGUGGCGACGUCGUCCUAGCAUUCUUGAUGUAGAUGCCUCACAACUGCGGCUCUUCGUCAGCGAAACCAUUGCUCGAAGGCUGGAGCAGCUUUUCAGCGUCUACAUUGCAACUUUUUGGGCACACUUCAUAUAUAUACACCGUGUUGCCUACUGGACUUUACAGCACACUGCUAUUGCUCGCAAAGCUCUGAAAGAGACAGGCAAUAUGAUGCGGCGCAGUGUCGGCCAACCUAUACAUCAGCACGCUUUUGAUGCAAGCAUCUCACGCACAACCUCUACUGCUAUUCAUCCGGGCUUGAUGUGGGUAUGCUUCUUGUUUGGCUGCGAGGUGUCCGACCCCGUGCAACAGGAAUGGGCGGUGUUACAGCUUCGAGCUCUUGGUCGGCUAAGUGGCAUGACCGGCCAACGACAGACCUCAGCAUUUGAUAGUAAUGAAGGAGAUGGGCUGCCUAUUGGGGGACUGGAUCAGAAGGGGGCGCAGACAGCUCUCAAAGUGGCGCGUCUUCUGGAAGUGAUUAUCGAACGCCAGACCAAGCUCGGCGCUCGUGUGGAUGGCAAAUACUUGAGCCAAGAGAUUUUUGGCUGCCAUUUUUAUAUCAUAUAA